AUGGAGGCGGGCGGCCCCUUCAUCUGCCCCAUCUGCCUGGAGCUGCUGCGGGAGCCCGUGACCCUGCCCUGCGGCCACAACUUCUGCCUCGCCUGCCUGGGCGCGCUGUGGCCGCACCGGGGGACCGGGGGCACGGGGGGCACGGCCCGCUGCCCGCUGUGCCAGGACCCCUUCCCGGACGGCCUGCAGCUCCGCAAGAACCACACGCUGUGCGAGCUGCUGCAGCUCCGCCAGGGCCCGGCCCCCGCCCCGGAGCCCUCGGUGCCCUCGGUGCCCUCGGUGCCCAGUGCCCCCGAGCCCCCCGAGGGCCAGGAGGGCGAAGGCGAGGAGCCCGUGCCCUGCGACGCCUGCCCCGAGGGCGCGGCCCAGCCUGCCACCCGCUCCUGCCUGCUGUGCCUUGCCUCCUUCUGCCCGGCCCACCUGGGCCCUCAUGAGCGCAGCCCCGCCCUGCGCCACCAUCGCCUGGUGCCCACCCUGCGUCGGCUGGAGGAGAGCCUCUGCCACCGCCACCUGCUCCCCCUCGAACGCUACUGCCGCACCCACCGCCUCUGCCUCUGUGCCACCUGCGCCCACCAGGACCACCAAGGCCACGACCUGCUGGACCUCGAGCAGGAGCGCGCCCUCCAGGAGGCCGAGCGACCGCAGGUCCUGAGCGCCGCGGAGGAGCGGCUGGACGAGCUGGGCGCCGGCAUCGCGCAGUCGCGGCGUACCGUGGCGCUAAUCAAGAGCGCAGCCCUGGCCGAACGGGAGAAGGUGAGCCGCGUGUUCUCCGAGGCCUCGGAGGCUCUGCAGCGUUUCCAGCGGGAGGUGAGCGGCUUCAUCGAAGAGGGCGAGCGUGCCAUGCUGGGCCGGGCGCAGGGGGAGUUGCGGCGCCAGGAGGAGCAACGCGCCCGGCUGAGCCGGGCCUGCCGCACCCUCCGCCACGUGCCCGAGGCGGACACCGUCGGCUUCCUGCAGGAGUUCCUGGCGCUGAGGUUGGCUCUGGAAGAGGGACCUGGCCCUGGGCCCGGCCCGCCGAAGGAACUGAACUUCACCAAGUCAGCCCAGGCCGUGCGGGCAGUGCGGGAUCUGCUGGUCGCCGCCUGUGCCCGGCACUGGGAGCAGCUGCAGGGGCGGAGCGGGGACGAGGAGGACCCCCCCAAGCCGGGGACCGAAGGGGAGGCUGAAUCCCAGGAUCCAGACAGCACCAACAGCCUGGAGGGUGAGGAGGCCCGAGAUUACUUCCUCAAAUUCGCCUUCAUCGUGGACCUGGACAGCGACACCGCGGACAAGUUCCUGCAGCUGUUCGGGACGAAGGGCGUGAAGCGGGUGCUGUGUCCCGUCGCCUACCCCGAGUCGCCCACGCGCUUCGUCCACUGCGAGCAGGUGUUGGGCGGGGGCGCGCUGGACCGCGGCACCUACUACUGGGAGGUGGAGAUCAUCGAGGGCUGGGUGAGCAUGGGGGUCAUGGCCGAGGACUUCUCUCCCCGAGAGCCCUACGACCGCGGCCGCCUGGGCCGGAACCCCCUCUCCUGCUGCCUGCAGUGGAACGGCCGCAACUUCUCCGUCUGGUUCCACGGGCUCGAGGCGCCCCUUCCCCAGCCCUUCUCCCCCACGGUGGGCGUGUGCCUGGAGUACGCGGACCGGGCCCUGGCCUUCUACGCCGUGCGCGAUGGCAAGGUCCAGCUCCUGCGGAAGCUGAGGGCCUCCCGGCCCCGCCGGGGCCCCCCGGCCUCCCCGCUCGAAGCCUUCCAGAGCUGCGUGGACAGCCACUUCGGCGGCCUGUUCUCCCGCCGGCUCAAGCCCGCCUUCUUCCUGGAGAGCGUGGAUGCCCACCUGCAGAUCGGACCCCUCAAGAAGUCCUGCAUCUCGGUGCUCAAGAGGAGGUGACGGGGGAGCUGGGGGGGGUCUCUGCCCCGCCCCAUCGGGACUCCUGACCCGCUGCCCCCGGCCCUGCCCGGGGGCCUCCGGGGUCUCUGUCCUUCCUCCCCCUUAGCCGGCCAGGAGACCUCCCCAGUGCUUUUCAGAGACCCCUCGGGGAGCGUUGGGGGGGCGGCGACAGGAGCGGUCGCCCCUCGUCUUUCAUUGAUGUUCUCUUAGACUCAUUUUUCUCAGGAGAGAAAGUCUGCCGGCCUCUCCUUCUCUCACUGCCGGGCUCCGCCUGGAGCAGAAGGUGCCCCCGAUUCCCCCCAGCUUCUUCUCCCCCCUCCCCAUCCCCCCCAUUCAGGACAACAGGGUUUCCUAGGGGUCAUCCUGGCCUCCGGCCUGCUCUCUCCGAUCUGUUCCCUCCAUCGCUGCAGGCUCUGUGUCCCCCGUGGAACCUGGCAGGAGAGGCCGGGGGAGGGCACUGAGCUGGGCGUGGGGCUCUCUGCCCAUGCGGGGUCCUCCCAGGCUGAGCCUUCCACCACCAAGAGGGGGUCAGCCCAGCCCCAGAUCACUCCCGUCCCAGACCUUCCCGUCUCCACUUCCCCCACUUGCCACAGCCCCCGGCCACAGUGUUCUGAAUCGGUCUCCGCCAGGGCCGGAAUCUGCCCUUAAUGUGCCCCGGGGCUGAGGAGGAUCUCGGGGUCCCCGGGCACAGAACAUCGUGCCCUGACACAAGUAUUUCCCACCCCUCACCUCACUGCUUUCUCAGUCACUUGGGGUGGGGGGGUUGGUGGGGGCGAGUGGGAUAUGUAGCCCAAUUCGUCUGGGUGUGGAAAAUAACUACAA